AUGGAACGUUUCCUUUCCGCCCUUAUCGUCAUUGGAGUUACCCUGGCCUGCCAUCCGGUGCCAGAACCAAAAAAGCAUGGAUUAGGGAACGAGACAUCGAGUGUCGCACUGGUCACCCAGGCUCGUUACGAUCCGAAUCUAAUCCAGCAUUUCAUGAACUACUUCCCACAGAUGGAUGUCGAGCAGCGCUCUAAGAAACUAGGAAAGUUCACCGAUCUGGGUUCGGCGGACGUUGGAGGCAAAUUCGCAUUCACUUUCAAACUCCUUAAUUCCGACUGUGAGAAGGCCUGCCAUCCGGUGCCAGAACCAAAAAAGCAUGGAUUAGGGAACGAGACAUCGAGUGUCGCACUGGUCACCCAGGCUCGUUACGAUCCGAAUCUAAUCCAGCAUUUCAUGAACUACUUCCCACAGAUGGAUAUCGAGCAGCGCUCUAAGAAACUAGGAAAGUUCACCGAUCUGGGUUCGGCGGACGUUGGAGGCAAAUUCGCAUUCACUUUCAAACUCCUUAAUUCCGACUGUGAGAAGGUCUCUCAUUGGCUGGACGAUAUCAAGAAGUCAGAUUCAGUGAUCGAGAGCACCACCCUGAAGUGCACUGGUCAACAGCAGUGA